CCGCGUGUGCUUUGCGGUUGCCUGUUUCCCGCGGCCCGCCGCCUUGCGCGGUUGUCAUGGAGAUGGACGCGGAGCCACGGCACUGCUGGCGCUUUGGGUCUUGGACCAGGAAUAGAGACCCCCCGAUUCCGCCACCCCUAGGGCGAGCCCCACAGGGUCCGGUCUUGCCUGUUCGCCCCCGUGAGGGUCCCCAGAGUCGCUGCGGACGGCGCUAGCAUGUCGGGCGAGGCGAGCGCGCCGGCCGUCUCCCCCAGGGCCCCGCGACCCGGGACCCAGAAGGCGUCCGGCACAGUGACCAAGAAAGGGGAUCGCGGGGCCAAGGAGAAGCCGGUGACCGUCCUGCCACCGGUGGGCGAGGAGGAGCCCAAAAACCCUGAGGAGUACCAGUGCACCGGGGUCCUUGAGACCGACUUCGCAGAGCUCUGCACGCGGUCGGGCUACACGGACUUCCCCAAAGUUGUCACUCGGCCCCGCCGCCCGCACCCGACCUUCGUCCCCUCCGCCUCUACGUCGGAAAAGACCCCCCUAGACGAUCCGCAGGUGUCGGGGUCCUGCAGCCUCAACAGCCUGGAGAGCAAAUAUGCGUUCUUCCGGCCCACCAUCCAGGUGGAGAUGGAGCCCGAGGACAAGGCUGUGAAGGAAAUGUACAUCCGCGGCUGGAAGGUUGAGGAGCGGAUCCUGGGUAUCUUCUCUAAAUGUCUGCCUCCCAUCAGCCAGCUGCAGGCCAUUAACUUCUGGAAGGUGGGGCUGACUGAUAAGACCCUGACUGCUUUGGUCUCCCUCCUGCCUCUCUGCUCCUCCACACUCAGGAAGGUGUCUCUGGAGGGGAACCCGCUGCCCGAGCAGUCAUAUCACAAGCUCAUGGCAUUGGACACCAGGAUCGCGCACUUGUCUCUGCGGAACAACAACAUCGACGACCACGGGGCGCAGCUUCUGGGCCAGGCUCUGUCCACGCUACAUAGCCACAACCGGACCCUGGUCUCGCUCAACCUGGGCUUCAACCACAUCAGGGACGAGGGCGCGGGCUACAUCGCGGACGGCCUCCGGCUGAACCGCUCCCUGCUCUGGCUGUCUCUGGCCCACAACCGCAUCCAGGACAACGGCGCCCUGAAGCUGGCCGAGGUCCUGCGCCCCUUCGAGUUGACGCACACCGAGGUGGUGGAGCGCCGGCGCCUCCUGCUGGAGAAAGGGACGCAGGAGCAAUCGCGAUCGCCUUCCUCCUCUCGACAUGGGGACUCCAAAGCGGAUCGUGAGAAGAUUCAGCCGAUAGGGGCCAGCAAUGUUGCAUUGGUGGACAAGGCAGACAAGAUGCAGACAAUGAAGACCCCUAAGGGCCUGGGCAAGAAAAAGGAGAAGUCAGGGGAAGUGGUGAAGAAAGAGGAGAAGUCAGGGUCCGGGCAGUCACCCACACAAGGAACCCCGAAGAAGGAAGACUCCACAAAGUCAGGCAAGGGGAAGGUCACUGUCCCUGAGCAGAAACCAAGCAAGGGAAAAGGGCCCAAGACUGGAAGCAGAGAGAAGGGCAGCAUCCUCUUGGAGUCAGAGCACCUAGGACAAAGCCUGGACUAUAGCCGGCCCUCAAAACAUCAGCUUGUUGCUGAAGCUAUGGAGAUGGUCAACCCUCUCCUGGAGCCUGUGGAGCACCGAGAUGGGAAAGUUUUCAUGCCUGGGAACAAGGUCCUUUUGCACCUCAACCUCCUCCGAAACCGCAUCACAGAGGUGGGGCUGCAGGGCUUCCUCACCACCGUGCAGUACCAGGCGCAGUUCUCCAAGGCCAAGAGUGCAUCCAAGGGCCCCAUGGGGCUGCUGUCUCUGUCCCUGGAGAAAAACUGCUUCUCCCCACAAUGUGCUGCGUACACCAUGAUCCAGGAGCUCAUGCUGCCAAGGGACCCCAUCAGUAAGGCCAAGCCCAGGGAGGAGGAGGCUUCCUCCUCCUAGCCCCUCCCACCUUCCUCCCGGAGACUCUGGGCCACAGAACCAUCUCCUGUCCAUGCAUGGGCUGACCUCCCUGGGGGAGAUCUCAGAUCAUUAACAAAUUCUACUGUUGUACUGUUUCCUUGAGGUUGUCUGAAAACUUUGUUCCAGUUGGAGCAGCCAACUGGAGCCUUUGAACUCUGAGUCUGUUCAUGUUACAUGGCCAGAAAUGGCCGAAUCGCUUUACAGUUCUGCUGGGGACCAUCUUAGCUCCUCCAGCAUCUGCCAGC